AUGUCCAACAUCUCAGACGAUUCUAGUUUCCCCAGGGGGCCAAGUCUCGACAGACAACGAGUCGCGUCGCAAAACAAUGAGAACGACGCCGGCGAAAGCCUCAUGAGCGAAAACAGCUCCGACAAGAACACCGAAAUCGCCGCUCUAGAGGAUUCCCACGGCGUCAGGAGAAGGAACUCUCCCGGCGCGAUCCAGCAAUUUCUCCUUGAUGCCCUCCUCAUCAUACCUUCGAUAUGUUUCAUCGUUUACGGAAUGAUGGCUCUCCAGAAUAAUGGCAAGCCGAUUGAUGAGGACCCGGUUCCAGCCUUACGCAUGGCCGCGACGUAUAGCCCGACCAUCUUUCCUAUCGCCUUUGCCGCUGUUGCUGCGAAUUUGCUGAAAGCUGCAGCCGGCUGGAAGAUGGAGCGAGGCGUCACGGUUCUGAGUCUCGAGUACCUGCUUAGCUGCCGCACCGUCUUCAGUGCAGUAACGACACCUUUUACUUUACGGCGUGCAAACAUCCUGGUACCGUUCCUUGUCGCUCUCUGGGCCAUGUCGCCUCUAGGCGGCCAGGCCGCUCUGCGUAUAAUGGAGAUGAUCUCUUCACAAGUAUCGGAGCCGUAUCCAUUUGAAUAUCUCGAGUUCAUGUCCGUCUUUCCACAUUCGAGUCCUGUGAGCUCAGCCGGAUCUAGUCUGAUGCCCUCGAUUCAAGGGACCUUCAUCUCAGCUCUAUCUAGUUCCGAGGAAGUCAAAGUAGGGCUUCGAGAUGCGUUCGGGAACGUCAAGAUUCCGAUGCUUGAACACUAUCCACCGACAACGACAGCCGAUCCCGAGGGCUGGUAUAAUAUCGGCCUUAAUGGGUCUGAUAUGAUUUGGUCUGCGAUUAUGGGCAUUCCUGUUGCAACACAGGGUGGCUUCUCUCGGGGGCAGAACUAUUCUUUCACCAUGAAUACUUCCUAUAUGAACGCAGACUGCUCAGUACGCCGCGGACAAGCAAUGAACCUCGGAAACUGGUCCAAAUACAUGAACAAAACUGGGCUGUACAACACUGGCAGGAUUCUCAUCAUCAGGCCCGCCGGAGUUCGCAACAUAUUCAGCAAAACACCCACGGAUCUCAUACUCGAAGCUUACUACUUACCGAACGAAAUAACCACCAAUGCUACGUGUGUUAUCACAACGACGCAUGCCGAAGUUGACGUGACUUGCCAAGGACCUGUUUGUGGCUCUCGUCGCAUUAGACGAACUGAGAAGCCGGAGAACAUGACAGUGAGAACGGUAUUGGAUGGCAUUGCAGCAGAAGGGUCCCAGAAACUCGUGCCGGCGGGAGUUCUUAACGCAUUCAUGGAAACCCUCGUAUGA